AUGGAACAGUACACCUCAUACAUAGGAUGUGAGAUUUCUAAAGUGCCUUUAUCUGAUAUUGCUCAGAGGAUUAUGACAGCUUUGCAGUCUAUUCCUGUAGGAGAAGUUCAGACUAGCAGAAAGAAUAACCAAAGUAUACAGAAGACAAAGGAAAAUGAGCUAGGUGAUAAGGAUGUGCAUCUGAAAAAUGAAAAGGACACUCAUGAUUCUACAAUUGCCUUAUUAAAAACACCUGCCAGCCCUGAAAACGGGACUGCUGGUCUCAUAGUCAGGACAGUACAUAGUGAUGAAAUACUUUACUGUCAUGAUACCAAAACAGUGAGCUAUUACCAGGAUUUAGACUUGUCAACAUGGAGAUAUAGAGAAAAGGAUCUUCCAGUAGGAGCAAAAACCCUAAAGCAUGAUGAAAAGAAUAUAGCUACUCCCCUUAAAAGAAAGCAAGAUGUGCCUACUUGUUCAGAGAAAACAAAAAGAUUACCUGUAAAGACCGACACUUCUUCACAUGAGAGAAGAUACAACUGUACUUCUGGACAAACAGAGUCUUCUGAAAAUUAUCCUUGUGAUAUCAGGAGUUUGGGAUGUGAAGAAAAAAGAGAAUUGCUUGCAACUAUAGAACAGGCAGGGGCUUUUGUAACUACUAUGAUAUUUCAAGAUGGUUCUUCACAGCUCAACUCAGAGCAGGUCUUAACAUCAUCAGUAAAAGGAGUUGUCGUGUUAGUGAAGAAUCGGACUGAUCUCCCUGGCUCUCCCAGUUCCUCUUCAACUGACUGUACUUGGAAUGCUGCUAGUGAAAAUGAUAAAUUAAUUUAUUUAAAAACUGAACGGUCAUCUCUUUGGGAACAAGAACAGCAGGUUCCCAAGAAAUUUGCUUGGCAAGUGUUGUUUCAAAUGCUACAACGCAAAGUUCCGAUUAUUUGCUUCAAUGCAAAGGAUUUCCUGAGGACUCUACUUCAAGUUUAUGGUAAUGAAAUUAGCUGGAAACAAGUUGCUGAUAGUGUCGUGUUAGAUCCAAGGAUUGCAGCAUGGCUGAUAAACCCCAGCGACACAGUUCCCUCUUUUGAAUGUUUAAUACAGAAAUAUUUUGAAAAGCCUUUGUCUGAUGGAACAGGAAAUACAGAUACAGGCGCUUUGAGAAAUGCAUCAUAUCAAAACUUAGGUGUGAACUUGGAGAAGCUUUAUAAUGUCAUGAUGGAGCUUGCUCACAACUUACAGGUUCAAGGUUUGUGGAAAUUAUUUUGCACAUUAGAGCUUCCACUUAUCAAAAUUCUGGCAGUGAUGGAAACGCACAAAAUACAUGUGAACAAACAAGAACUGAAAAAAACAUCAGAGAUUCUGGGGUUGCGACUCAAAGAGCUUGAACAGGAAGCUCAUCAAGUUGCUGGAGAACGAUUCCUUUUGACCAGCAGUAGUCAGCUCAGAGAGGUACUGUUUGAAAAGUUAAAACUGCAUACUCUGUGCGAGAAGCUUCACAGAACUGAAAUACAACAGCUUGUGUCAACCUCAGAAGUUGUGCUAAAUAAGUUGCAAGAUCUUCAUCCUUUGCCAAAGAUAAUUUUAGAAUACCGUCAGGUUCAUAAGAUGAAGUCAACUUACGUGGAUGGACUACGAACAUGCAUGAGAAAGGGAUUUAUUUCCUCUACGUGGAAUCAGACAGGAACUGUGACUGGCAGACUUUCAGCCAAACAUCCAAACAUUCAGGGUAUCUCUAAACAUCCAGUUAGAAUUACAAAGAAACAGUACAUAAAAG